AUGAAUGAUCCUGCUGCUUGGGAAUGCCGUGAUCAUGCCGAUCUGGCUGAAGAGUGGUACAACCACCCUCUUCGCACCAGGAAUCGCGUGCUUGAGGACGAGAAUCUCAUGCUGAAGCGUCUCUUGAGAGAGCAAGGCAUCGGCUGGCCUGGUUAUCGUGGCUAUUCAAAGCUAAUACCGUCGAGCAGCAGCCCGCGCAACCCCGCGCUGCCCGGCCUGCCCGUCGAAAUCAUCCUCAAGGUCCUCUCCUACGCCAUGACCAGCAGUUAUCCCAUCAUUGACCCCCUUUGCAAAUCGAAGAAGGAGAACCGCACGGCCAUCGAGAACGGCAGGAGCAACCAAAUUGCGAUUCAUUUCCUCGCUACUUGUAAGGCUUAUCACACGGAGGGAACCAAGCACCUGUGGUCCAAUAACAGAUUCACAUUCACGACCGUGCAGGCAGUGAAGAUGUUCUCGGAGGUGGAUUUGCGAUAUCGACAGUUGGUCCGAGAGGCCAACUUCCGCAUCAUCGCCAAGUUCUACGACGAUGACAAUCGCGUUCACAAGCUGUCCCGGGAUCACCAUCCCAUGAUGACCAAGCCCAUCAGACUUCGCGUAUCCAAGCGAGCCAGGGAGCCCACCCUCGCGCGUCGAGGGUUCCGUUCCUACGCCUGGUUCCAACUGGUUGACUUCUUGGAGGCUCUGCUACCGCCCCAUGAUCCCAAUCAUGACCUCAGCCAGCCGCGAACAAGGCUGUUGCCCAGCCUGGAGAACCUCCGCAUUGAUCUCGUCAACUUUGCGGAGGAUAUGUUCCAGUUUCCUCCUGCGCAGCUCCAUGAUAUCGCCUCCCAUCAUCUGGGAUGCUCCUUGAACCAGUUGAUCGUCACAGGUCUGCCUCGCGACGACACAGGCUACCGCACCGGCAGCGAGCUCUCCGGACUUCUGAAGGACGAUGGUCUUGUGAUUGACCAUGCUCCCACCUUUGUUGCGCUCCCGAGAAGCGGUCUUCGUGCUUUGUCUGGCAAUCACUUCCACAGCAAAGUCAUUAGAAGCAUGCGCCCUCUUCGAGGCAUCAAGCAUCACCAUCACGACGAUCAUCCUGGCUACUUUGAUGAAUUCCCCCCUGCUCCCUCCGAUGCUGGGACUCCACCUUACUCAGAGUUUCACUCCUGCCGCACAAUCUGGAAGAGAAUCCCGAAACACAUCGAUCGUCCCCACGACUGCAACUGGGUCCUAUUCGACCGUGUCAGCGGCUUGCGCUGGGAUGACAUUGAGGACGAGGCUACCAUGUUUGAUUGUUUUGAUGAAGAUGAUGACGAGUUCGGUGGAUACAUGGUGUGUGAGAACUGUGGACAACAGCACCCUGGCGCCAUCCCUCCGGAGGACCUCAUGGACGAGCUCUACGAUGAUUAUUGA